AUGUUCUCGUUCAUAGUUCUUCUGCUUUUCACUUCGCUUGGUUGCUACGGUAUUCUCGAAAUUAAUGGUGAUGAGCUGUUGCUGAAAACAGAUAGCAUUAUGCAUGCUAGACAUGUUCGUGGUACAGACAAAGGGAAUUUGGAAGGACACCACGUGGUGUCACGACGCCCUGCAAGACGAGAACCCCAAGGCUUGUUACAUGAAUCACCCAACCAGCCUGGAAUGCAAACGUGUCCUCAUUUUGCAACUUCUGAGUCCCAUGUACCCGUCUGUGGUGUAGCUAGUCACAUGAAACACUCGUAG